GUCAAAUGGAAACAGACAGAAGACUGUGGUGAGAAUUCAAAAGCUUAAAGACCAGAAACCGGCAGAUGAAAGAGAAAUUUUCUCCAGCAGCAGUUUAGUAGAGUCAGGAUUGUACAGAAGAGAGAAAACAAUAGAUAAUAAGUCAAAUCUAAUCUAAAGUUUGUGGAGACAAAGAAAAAGAAAAGUAUUCAAGGGUGUGUAUAAGUUUGAGCAAUGUUGUCCAGGGUUAUCUCAGCUGUACAUCUGAUGGUGUGGAUCAGUUCUUGUGCCCUCGCUGAGGACCUGUACUUGACCAGAGCUCUAAAGCUGAUGUCUGAGACGCCACUUAUCGACGGCCAUAACGACCUGCCAUGGCAACUUCUAAAGCAAUUCAACAAUGAGCUCAACAAAGUGGAUCUCAACAACCUCAAAACAACACACACCAACAUCCCCAAGAUCAAAGCGGGACGGCUGGGCGCACAGUUCUGGUCAGCCUACGUUCCCUGUGAGACUCAGUACAAAGAUGCUGUCAGACAAACACUGGAGCAGAUAGAUGUGGUUCACAGGAUUUGCCAAAAAUACCCAGAAACCUUCAUGUUCGCCACCAGUAGCAAAGAAAUCAUGGACGCCUUCAACAUGAACAAGACAGCCAGUCUGAUCGGGGUGGAGGGGGGUCAUUCUUUAGACAGCAGUCUGGGCACCCUCCGUGUCAUGUACCAGCUGGGGGUCCGCUACCUGACUCUCACACACUCCUGUAACACACCAUGGGCUGAUAACUGGCGUGUUGACACUGGAUCAGAGCCAUCUCAACACAAUGGCCUGUCCCCAUUCGGCAAGCGACUGAUAGUGGAGAUGAACCGGCUGGGAAUGCUGAUUGACCUGGCUCAUGUGACUGUUGCAGUCAUGAACCAGGUGCUAGAUAUGUCUAGAGCUCCCGUUAUCUUCAGCCACUCCUCUGCCUACAGCGUCUGUCCACAUAAGAGGAACGUCCCUGAUGAUGUUCUCAAGAGAGUCAAUCAAACCAGAGGAAUCGUCAUGGUGAACUUCUACAACGACUAUGUGACCUGCAGCAAGACCGCGAAGGUCUCGGAUGUCGCUGAUCACUUUGACCAUAUCAAGAAAGUGGCAGGGGCGGGAAUCAUCGGAUUUGGGGGAGAUUACGAUGGAGUUACCAGAUUACCAGAGGGUUUGGAGGAUGUGUCCAAGGUCCCCAAUCUGGUGGCUGAACUGCUGAGAAGAGGAUGGACCGAUGAAGAGGUUAAAGCUGCUCUGGGAAAUAAUCUGCUCCGUGUCAUGAGAGAGGUCGAGAAGGUCCGUGACAGUCUGAGUGAUGCGAGUCCAGAUGAUGUUCCUAUUCCAUAUGAGGAGGUGAAGAACCCGUGCAGGACGAGCUUCGUGUUCUCCAGUGCCGGAGCCGUCCACUCCAUCAAUGCUCUGGCCCUGCUGCUCACACUGGCUCUGCAGGCUCUCCUCACAGUGUAAAUGAUUGAGUCCGUUUGUCCAUGUAUACAUGUGCAAUCAGAAACACUGAAACGCUGCAGGUUAAAUUGGGUUCAACAGCUUGUUUCUUUUUCUCGAUUUUUUAAUGGACUUCAAUAGGUUUGAUUCAGUUACACUAGUGUCACAGUUAUCAUGAAUACAAAACAGAAAUGAUCACUUCAAGUUGAACUUGAUCAGGCCUGAGAAAAACUCUCAUCUGUAUUCAUGAAACCAUCAAAAGAUGAUCAGGACAUGAAGACAAAAACACACAAAAAAACAGUCCUCAACACCAGCAUGUCCCUAUUUCUAGGAGAAGCGCUCUAUCUAGUGGUUUGAGAGGGUAAUACAUCCGAGAGUUUACACCUUUUAAAAACAUGACAUUUUUUAAUUCCAACGGUUUUCACAUCAAAAUCAUAUUUUGGACAAAUAAACAUAAGAUAAUUCAAAAAUGUAAAAUUCGUUUUUAACUAUAUGAAUCAAACAAAUGUUGUUUGCACACUGAAAGUGAAUUAUUGUAAAAUAAAUUGUAAAAACACAAUAAUAUCUCCUGAAGGCUGAGGCAGUAGUAUGUUUUUACACACACACACACAC